AUGCAACACCCUCCAGUCCAAGGAUGCCUUGUCUCCUUCCCUACCCCAGAGAUCCUGCUUCUCACUCUCAACAGGCCCGAGAAGCGGAACUCCAUACCGCUGGCCAUGAGCGCGGACAUCAUACAGCUAUGGAAAUGGUUUGACGAAGAACCGACACUACGAGUCGCAAUCAUCACCGGCACAGGCGAGUCGUUUUGCUCUGGAGCCGAUCUGAAAGAAUGGAAUGAGCUCAACGCCCGCGGUACCGUCAACAAAAUGACCGCCCCGGGCCUCGCAGGACUUCCCCGGCGCCGAAGCACGAAACCCAUCAUCGCCGCCGUGAACGGCUUCUGUCUCGGCGGCGGCUUUGAGAUGGCCGUGAACUGCGACAUCGUGAUCGCGAGCGAAAAGGCCUCCUUCGGACUGCCCGAGGUGCAGCGCGGGAUUGCAGCCGUUGCAGGCGCUCUGCCUCGGCUGGUACGAUUGCUCGGCAAGCAGCGCGCCGCCGAGAUAGCACUGACUGGUUUGCCGUUCCCUGCGUCGCAGCUCGAACGUUGGGGGUUGGUCAACCGGGUGGUGGAGCACGAGCGGCUGCUAGCCAGUGCGGUGGAAACGGCGACCGCGAUUGCAAGGAACAGCCCGGAUAGCUUGAGGGUUACCUUGGAGGGACUGCAUUACGGGUGGGAGAGAGCUAGUGUAGAAGAGGGCAGCCAGGCGCUGGUUGAUGAGUGGUAUCCCAAGCUGAUGGCUGGGGAGAACUUCCAAGAGGGCGUCAGGGCGUUUGUCGAGAAGAGAAAGCCAGUAUGGAGGGCGAGUAAUUUGUAG